GUGGGCGGGAUCUGACCAAACGGGAACAUGGCGGCGUCCUUAGAUGAUGAUUUGGAGUUAAACAACCAGGAUUACUACUCUCUGCUCAACGUCAGGAAAGAGGCUACGUUGGAGGAGCUGAAGGCGUCGUACCGGAGGCUGUGUAUGCUCUACCACCCUGACAAACAUCGAGACCCGGAGCUGAAGAGACAAGCCGAGCAGCUUUUCAACCAGGUGCACCGGGCGUAUGAAGUGCUUUGUGACGCUCACUCCAGAGCCAUCUAUGACAUCUUUGGGAGUAAGGGGCUGGAGGUGGAGGGAUGGGAGGUGGUGGAGAGGAAGAGAACUCCAGCAGAAAUACGAGAGGAGUACGAGAGGCUGCAGAGAGAAAGAGAGGAGCGCAGACUGCAACAAAGGACCAACCCAAAGGGCACCAUCAGCGUUGGUGUGGAUGCAACAGACCUGUUUGACCGCUACGAUGAGGACUUUGAAGAGUUGCCAGGAGGAGGCUUUCCUCAUAUCGAAAUUAACAAGAUGCACAUUUCUCAGUCCAUAGAGGCUCCUCUGACCAACUCUGACACUGCAGUGCUGUCUGGUUCACUCAAUACACACAAUGGGAAUGGAGGGGGCAACAUCAACAUGACUGUGCGAAGGGUUACUUCAGCCAAGGGCUGGGGAGAGGUGGAGUUCGGUGCUGGGGACAUACUUGGGCCUCUCAUUGGGUUAAAGAUGUUUCGCAAUGUCACUUCCCGGUGUUUCUUAACAGCCCAGUGUGGAUUGCAGUUCUCUCCUCGCGGCCUGCGCCCGAGCUGCUCUCUGAUGACAGCCCGCCACCUGGACCAGAACACCAUGGGUUACCUUCAGUGGCGCUGGGGGCCCCACAGCGCCAUGACCACCAGCCUGGUCCGAGACACAAAGAGCAGCCACUUCACUUUAGCUCUGCAGCUGGGUGUGCCUCACUCCUACCUGAUGAUGAGCUACCAGUACAAGUUUCAGGAUGAAGACCAGACCAAAGUCAAAGGCUCUAUCAAGACAGGCUGGUUUGGCACCGUGGUGGAAUAUGGAGCAGAGAGGAAGAUCAGCAGACACAGUGUCCUGUCAGCCACUGUCAGCGUCGGCGUGCCGCAGGGAGUCACGCUCAAGAUCAAGUUGGCGCGUGCCAGUCAAACCUACCUGUUUCCGAUCCACCUGACGGAUCAGCUGCUGCCCAGUGCCGUCUUCUACGCCACCGUGGGACCCCUUCUGGUUUACUUGGCUAUCCACAGACUGGUUAUCAUCCCGUAUACACAUGCACAGAAAGAACAAGAUCUGGAGCUGCAGAGGAAGAGCUCCGCCACAGACAUCGCCAAGAAGAAGCAGGAGGCAGAGUCUGCUGUUCUGCUGAUGCAGGAGUCUGUGAGGAGAGUCAUAGAAGCAGAAGAAUCCAAGAUGGGCUUGAUCAUCCUGAAUGCCUGGUAUGGAAAGUUUGUGUCAGACACCAGCCAGAAGCAGGAGAAAGCAAAGGUGAUCGACGUCACUUUGCCCCUGCAGUGUCUGGUCAAAGACUCCAAACUCAUCCUCACAGAGGCCUCUAAGGUGGGGUUGCCGGGCUUCUAUGACCCUUGUGUAGGAGAGGAGAAGAGUCUUAAAUUGCUGUACCAGUUCAGAGGUGUGAUGCACCAAGUCAUCUCUGCAGACGCCGAGCCUCUACGGAUACCCAAGCAAUCUCACAGAAUUGAAGCCGAGUCGUAGGAGCUCAACGCUGUUGAGGCACCAGAGGGCAAACGCUGAUAAAACUGACUUUGUGUGAACAGACAAACACAUGAACGGAGGGAACACAUGAAAAAGACCUUGUUUUCUCUCCUCCAGUCCCCUUCUAUCAUAGUAUUAGUGAAUCUGUUUAUGGACUUCCUUUCUCCCCUUCCUUGGGACCAGGAGACAGCGCAGAGUUUCUACGAGGUCUCACCAGUCGAGCCUCUGGUCGACCACACCUGUCACAGCUGCUCACCUAUCUGCCUGCUGCUGGAGAUCUGAGAUCCUCCCUCAGCAUAGUUUAACAUGUACACAGAGGAACCCGUGGUCACUGCGGAUGUGGUGGUUGUCCCCUUUCGACGGUGAGCUAAAUAUGCACAGAUGCAUUUAUUAAUGUUUCUUGAUAUUUGUCAUGACAGGUAUAGACAAAUGAGCUGUGCUGUAAUUUUACCCCUUAUCCAUGUCGUCUUUGUCCAAUGUGUUUUAACACCCUGGUAGUUUUAAGCCUAAUAAUGUUAUAACAUACCAGUCAUGCAAAUGUUUAGAGUAACACUAUGCAGGUGCAGGAUCAGGUCUUCAUGUCUGUGGACCCGGGGUCGACCAUGUUACUUCACCUUUUUUUUUGUUAACUUGUUGAAAAUGUCUCCUGCUAAUUUAUUCUGCCUUUCAUUGACAUGUCUGCUGCUGAUUAGGACGCCGGUGAGCAGACACAAACUGGUGCUCGAAACUUGUUUCUGGUUUGGUUUGGAUUAGGAAAUAUAGGGAGGGAAAGUGUUGAUGAUGAUCCAACCUGCAGACCAUACAAAGGUGGACGAUGCAUCUCCACUUCCUCCCACUAUCCAGAAAUGAAGCUAAAAUGCCCGGAUACGAACGCUGCCAUCUUGCACAUUUGAAACCAGAGUCUGUGCAGUAGCAAUCCAUAGAAGGAGCCACAGUAUUGAGUUCCCCUCUUCUCUGUCAAUCAUUACAUUUUACUCUGAUUUUAUAGCAUCAAAUAGCUAAUUAUAACCAAUCUUACCAGAAAAAAUGACAUGCAUCAAUGUGACAAGAACUAUCUAAAAUUACAGAAACCAGCUUUUUGAGAAAAGUUUAUUUAAUGUGUUUUUACUUUGGUCCAUGUCCCAUCCAGUUACAUGGGCCAGGUGGGAUUUAUGACCUGUACUGCUUUGGCUUUAAUUUUGGCGAGCAGUCAUGUUGUCCAUCUUCAUAAACACUCUUUGAUCCAACAAAGGAGAGACAGGCUUGAAUUCUUUACACAGAUUUUAUUUUCCUACAUCUCAGACUACACUGCAGUUCGAAGACACAAAAUCCACAUGGGUUUGAUUUGUGUGUGUUUAUUGAUUAUAUCUGUGCAGGUGCAGCCCAAACUUUUUUUUGUAUCUUUAUUAUAAUUAUUUGCUAAGGAGUGCAGGGUAUAGUUUGUGCAUCACUGGUGUAUAUCUGCCAGAUAUACACCAAUCUGGUUUUCCUAAUGGAAAUAAUUGAAAGAUCUUUUUUGUUGUUGGGAUGCGACCACUAGAGGGCGUAGAUCAACACUGUCUUUGACUGUGACCGACAAUAACUUGAGACUGAAGCUGAUCUGAGCCACAGAAAUAAUUUGACAGUAGAUGUUUUACUGAGUAUAGGUGAGUGCGGGGUUGAAAAACAGGAAUGUGCAUCGGUUCUGUCCCAUAUCUUUUAAUUUGAUAUUAGCCUUUGAAUUUUUUAAUUGACCUGAAUUCAUCUGAAAUGGAGUGCCACUUCUUAUACAUACAUCGAUUUAUGUAUUGUAUUAGAUGCUUAAAGUACAGUUUCCAGACGGCGUGUUUAUGCCUGUCAUUAAGUGAUAAUCUAAGCCUCUUAUAACUCACCCUUGGACGCUAUUUUUUGAGCGAGGUGAAGCUGACAUGAAAUCUUGUAUCCUAUAAUGCACUUUCUUUUGAGAUGUAGGUGAUGUAGCACAGAUGUCCCAAAGUGUAUUGCCUAUACGAAUCUGUAUUUGUGUCAGUAGUUAAAAUGGUUUUAACUGGAGGUGGAUUGGCACUGUAACUGCAAAGGGAAUAGUGAGAGUUAGUUGUUCCUCAUUUUAUCUGGGAGCGCUGUAAUGAGCCAUGAUCCCUGUACACUCGACUGUAUAAUAGAAACUAUACAAGUAUUUUACUGAACAAUAUUUUGCACAAAAUGUACAGUAUUUAAAGCAAAACUUGGGAAGUUGUGCUUAAUCUUUUAAUAGCCCUUCAUUGAAUUCUAUUGUGCUGCAGUGAUUGGUCCAUUGUCUGUCUCCUGAUAAAUUCUGAUUUUGCCAUUAGUGGCAAAUUAAUGGGACAUCCGUCUAUAUAGUGGUAGUUGUCUUAACUUUAAGUCCCAGUUACAGCAGCCAUUUUGCACUGAAUGUUUCUAGUUUUGUCUCCUUUUUCAUUUUGAGUUUGCUGUCAAGUAUUUUUACAGGUCGGCUCUGCUCUAGUGCCAUCCUGAGGCCGGCAGAAAGACUGCACCCAGCUGUUGCUUCCCAACCCAUCAUCCAAACUGACCCCCGUUAUGUAAAUGUAUUGAAUUGUUGAGGAGCCUGUA